GUUGUGUUGGUAUUUGAGAAUAUUAUGGGGUUCUUUAAGGAUGCUGUUGUGAUAAUACAGAUAUCAGAAAUUCAGAUUUAAUCUAAAUUUGUACGUAUCCAUGUAGGAUGCUACAGAUGUAAAAGCCAGUACUGUGUACAUUCGUUACCACAUUAAACAUGGUAUUACCAUGAUAUACAUCAUGGACCAAAAAAUAGUCCGCCAUUCAAUUUUUGUCCCAGCCUCAUAAUUCCCCAGAAACGCUCAUUUAAAGUUUGUGGUAAGUGUAUAGACACCGACCGACAUAUUUCUCUGCCUCGUUUGUAAAUUCGAUUGGAGGAUGAUCUCGCGCCUCCGCCCAGUGAUCAGCAGCGCGAGCCUUCCUUUUGUCCGACUGGGCACCUCAGUGGAACACUCCAUUCAGAAAUAGGGGUACAAAUGUUCGAGCGUGGGAUUGUAUACGACAAACAGAAAGUAUAUAACAUCCAUCGAGACUCAAUACACAUAACAGCGCCCUCAAUGUUAAAAGUGUAUCGAUAUAUGUCGUAAAAAGCGUCUUCGAUAGCGGUUAGGCCAACCUCGGGCGACCCCAUAAGUUGUUUUGGAAGCGUCGAAGAGACCCGACAAUUCUCACAGCAGUACGCCAAGAGAUGGACGGGAGAGCGUACGGUACGGGCACGCGCGGACCCCGUGGCUGUUACGGGGAGUCUGAUUGCUCACAGACGGCUUUAUUUGAGUCUCAUGCCUGAGGUGUUUACCGGAUGUCCGUUUGUAUCGAUGCGGGAUUGUUGGAGUUGUUUCGAGAAGUGCAGGAUCUAUCUUCCUCCUCCCUUUUCCCCUCCGCCUCCUAGUUUCGCUCUUUUGGGGGGUCUCUGGUCUGACGGCUCUCUGAAUUUUUGGACUCGAGUGGCGCUUUUUCACGAUCCGGAUCGCGAACGUAUGAUUGAUUGCAAAUCAAACAAGGAUGUAAGGAAGAGUGUUGAUGUGGGACGGAACUUUGGAAACGCGAGCUGAUCCAAACACGGAGCUCCGCAGGUCACUCACGCCGAAGCUGGAGAUAGGCAUGGUGUGUCGGGACCCCAGUGGGUUCGGAAAUGUGCCAUGUUUGUGAGAGCCAUGAGCCUGGCAGACGUGACUGGUUUCUUUCCCAGAGGAGAGCAGCUGGCUUUAAUGGCUCGGAGCACUGAUAAUCUGGACAGUUCUGGGGAACCUGGUACCCGAUCAGUGGGCACCACUGCUAACUUGAAGGGGAAGAUGAGCAAAAGGCUGUCUGUUGUGAAAGGUCACUUCCCCAAGCUUGUUGACUGUGCCCAUUUUCACUAUGAAAACGUGGACUUCGGUUCAUUAGAGCUUCAGUUUGCCAAUGAGCAGAACGAUGCCAGCUGGACCUCGGGCAGUGCCAAAGAUCUGGUUUUCCUUGUGCAGGUGUCCUGCCAGGGUAAGACGUGGAUGGUGCGACGUUCGUAUGAGGAAUUCCGGACGCUGGACGCUCACCUGCAUCAGUGCAUUUACGACCGGCGUUACUCACAGCUGUUGACUCUGCCUCCCCUCAGCGAGUUCGGAGAACGGGUGGAGACUUUCGCGCCACUGUUGUCCGAGUAUCUGAACAGACUCUCCAUGAUCGUGGAUAACAAGCUGAACUGUGGACCGGUUCUCACCUGGAUGGAGAUUGAUAACCAUGGCAAUAGAUUCCUGCUGAAAGAAGAGGCGUUUUUAAAUGUACCGGCCAUCGCUGCUGCUCACGUCAUCAAACGCUACAAUGCCCAGGCCAGAGAUGAGAUCUCCAUUGAGGUUGGCGAUAUUCUGUCUGUUAUCGAUAUGCCACCCAAAGAGGACACCACGUGGUGGAGAGGAAAACAAGGCUUUCAGGUUGGCUUCUUUCCCAGUGAAUGUGUGGAGAUAAUCAAUGAGAAGUUACAGCAGUCCGUCAGCGCUCCUGUCAGUAAGCAAGAGGUCGAUGGGUUGAGCUGUAAACCCGGCGUUACUAACACAACAGGACCUUCCUCUCCGACAUCAGUUCUUCAACCUUGGUUCCUAAACAUGACCGUCUCCAAGAAACACGGCAAGCUGAUGGGUUUCCUGCGCACCUUUAUGAAGUCCAGGCCCACCAAACAGAAACUGAAACAGAGGGGCAUCCUGAAAGAACGAGUGUUCGGCUGCGACCUGGGCGAGCAUCUCCUUAACUCUGGCCAAGAUGUCCCGCAGGUCCUGAAGAGCUGCUCAGAGUUUAUAGAGAAACAUGGUGUGGUGGAUGGGAUCUACAGACACUCUGGGGUUUCCUCCAACAUACAGAAACUCAGGCACGAGUUUGACAGUGAGAAUAUUCCCGAUCUGACGAAAGACCUGUACAUGCAGGACAUCCACUGCGUUGGCUCACUGUGCAAACUGUACUUCAGAGAGCUGCCCAAUCCGCUCCUCACCUACCAACUCUAUGAGAAGUUUGCUGAAUGUAUGGGAGAGAUGACAGAUGAAGAGAGAAUGGUCAAAGUUCAUGAUGUCAUUCAGCAGCUUCCUCCUCCUCAUUACCGAACAUUGGAGUACCUCUUCAGACAUCUGGCACACUUGGGCACGUGCAGUGCGGAGACCAACAUGCACAUUAAGAAUCUGGCAAUCGUCUGGGCCCCCAACCUGCUCAGGUCACAAGAAAUCGAGGUGGUCGGUUUAAGCGGCGCUGACCCGUUCAAAGAAGUGCGGAUUCAGUCGGUGGUCGUGGAGUUUUUGCUCAGCAACGUUGAAGUUCUCUUCAGCGACUCUUUCACGUCCGUCGGCCGUUUCAAUGCAGCCCGGCAGUCUCUCACCAGGCCCAAGUCGUUUGUGUCCAACAGGCUUCUGUCUCUGGAGGAGGCGCAGGCUCGUACCCAAGCUCCUCUUCUCCUGCAGGGAUCUCCUCAUGCUUUUCAGGGCCAGUUUCAUGCUGUGCUCGACCUCCCCGACAAAAGGAAAAGAGGCAUGAAGGUCCGAAAGUCGGCAGGAGGGAGCUGGAAGACGUUCUUUGCCAUUGGGAAACCCGGAGCUGCAGGUAGACGCAAACCCACCCGGAUCACUUCUCUGUUUCAGCCCACCACGUCUCACGCAGGUUGUAGGGUAGACAGCGUGACUCUCAGAUCAGCGAAGAGUGAGGAGUCUCUGUCGUCUCAGCACAGUGGAGCAGGUCAAGGAAAGAUGCAGCGCUUGCGAAGACCUCGCUCCAGCAGCGAUGGCCUCUCUCUGGCUGCUUCGGUCGACCCACAGCUCCUUCCCCAGCACUCCCCAUCUACAAUCCAUCCGAGUCGCUCCUACGAUAGCCUCCUGCCCGAGGACACCCGUGGUGCGGAUGAGGAAGAGGAUGAAGACGAAGAGGAUGAGGAGGGUGUGUACAUGUUACCCGAUUUCUCCCAAGAACCAUCCACCUCAUGGAUGGCAGAAGAUGUCAUCGACUUCAGCCCCACCUUCUUGGAAGAUGGGCCAAUCGGAUUGGGAGGCACCUGCGUUCCCCCGGGCGGCAGAGAGUCCCCUCCUGCGCCUGCACCCCCUCCAUAUCGCUGUCUCAGCCAUCAAGGUCACGCCCGCUCAGGGAGCCAGCGAUCAAUUACGGAGGAUCCAGACUCUGUCCUCAACCAAUCAGAAGCUGCUGCCCGACGGAGUUUGAUCUUGGCUGCGGCGGCUCCGCCUCAGCAGGUGUUCUGUCAGCACAGGCCGUCUGUGGCCACUAAUCCUUCUGUGAGCACCGCCCUGCAGGGCGAGUCAAAAGUAAGCCCCUCCCACGGCCAGACGCCAACUACCACGGCUCAGCCAUCCCAGCCACAGCAAGAGAGACGUUCUUUUACUCGUAAAGUCGUUCAUGCUCUUUCACCUAAAGCGCCAAAAUCCCCACCGUCUCUUGACAUUUCUGAUCCGAUCGCCAUCAGUGUACCUGCCAAGGUUUUGGAAAUGAUUGGUGGGCGAGCUGGUGAAUUGCAAACUGGAAUCCCGAACAGUGGGCCGCCACAGCCACCCCAGAUGAUAUCUAUGCUCUUGAGGUCAUGUGACUUUCAGCUCACAGAGAGCUGUCAGCAGGAGCUCAGCAGUAAAUUGGGCCCCAGCGUCAAGAUCAAGGGUCCCAGUAUUUUGGGUCCAGCUGGCAAUCCUCUUCCUUCGCAACAGCCCCCGCCACCUCCUCCCAAAAACCCUGCACGCCUUAUGGCUCUGGCCCUGGCUGAAAGUGCCAACAAGGCCCUGCGGCAAGGUGCAUCUCCCCCAUACCGACCCCGUCAGACGGGAGCCUCUGAGACAGACUUACGCUUUCAGAGGUCACUUUCUGCUGAUGCUGGUGCUUUGCUAUCCUCUGACCCUAAUCAGAUCUACUCCACCGUGCGCCCGCUUUCUGUGUGGAAGACUGAGGGUGAUGCUGAUGAGGAUGAAACAGGAACUGAACAACAUGCAGAUAAAUCACAUGGUGCAGAGCAAAGGUCUCCACCUGGGACUCGGUCUUCUGCCAGCUCAGUGUCUGAUUCGGGGUCAUCUAAUUCAGAACUGUCAGCUGCAAGUUCCUCGGAGGACAUUGAGCGAACCCCAAGCCCUAUCUAUAAAAACGAGGAGACGAUUUCUUCAGCACAACCCUCAAAAUCCAGCCCAACCUCCAAUGACACUGCCCAUUCCCAGAGGAAACCACCAGCGUAUGGACGUCAGUUUUCUGCUCCACAGCUUCAACAGCAGAAACCUCACACAACUCUCAACUGUCAGUCCAAGCCUGCCUCACAGCCACACCUCCAGAUCCUGCACUCCAAAUCUGAGAGCUCUCCACUGGCCCAGGUACGAGCCUUCCAGCCCACCCGCCCUAAAGUUCCACCCAAGCCCCCUGAUCUUGCUCCCCUGAGAGCUCCGCUCUCGCAGACGGACCGACAUAAUUACAUGCGCCGUUCUUUGGAUGCCACCCGCAUCCGACGCUUUGCAGGGCCUCCUCAGGUUACCCAACCACUUUCCAGAGCUUUCUCCGAACGCAUCAGUAGUACCUCCGACGCACUGUCUCGGUAUCACGCCACCAGAAUGGCCGGCCAAGCCGCACACGUUCCCCAGCAGGCAACUCCGAUCAGACCUGUUGUCCCCUCUUCUGAAGAUCCAUCCAAGAUGGAGAACUUCUACUAUGAGAUUGGCGCACCUGAGCAUCCACCCAGCUACGCACGACACAGCUAUCAGAAUAUGAAGCUGGAUCUAGAGGGCAACCUCCAUCUUACUGACCCGGCCAAUCAAAGGCCUGUUUCCAGAGGUCAACCCCCUCCGUAUAACCACCAAGGUGGUGGUAGAGCUCCCCAGUUGUGGUCAUCGGAGGCCACACGAGCCUGGGCCGCAGCACACUCUCACUCUUUUUCUUUUUCCCAUUCUCACCAUCGCUCUCAUGAUGGAUCCUCAGGUCAUCCUCCCCACUCACGGACUCAGCGACAGACAUCAUCAUCUGUCCGGCUGACCCGAAGUGAAGUGCAUCCCAUGGGCUCCUCAGUGGGCGUACUCCCUCUAUCCGUGCACCUGCGUGGCCUGUCUUGCUCCCAGCGCUCGCCUUCAGCAGACCACAAUACCUCUCAACUUCACCCCUACUUUGAAAAUGGAAAGGUGUGUUAUCGGUACUUUGAAGCUUCUAGACCAGAAGACUUGCCUCUGAAUCAGCAUCAGCAUGCCGGAUUUAAGCCACAUCAAGCCCAGCCGCCUCAGUCCUCUCCUGCGCAAGAGCUUACGAAAGAUCAGCCCGAGCACAUUUAUGUCAACUACCCAUUUACAAGCCCGUCAGGAGUAACUACAAAGUGUUGGGCCACCACUGACCUUGACGGUGAUGGUAAUCGAGAUUUGGAGACGCUAAUGCCACCAUCAGAGCCACCACCCGAUGAUAAACAACAAAAGCAACCACAAGAAGCAAGUCCUAUGGCUAUCUUGGACUGUCCUCAGAACGAUGCGUCCCUGGAUUCUAAAGACAUCAAUCCAGCCUCAUCCGGCACCACGCACUUCCACAGCCGCUCGGAUCCGCAAAGCACCACAACAGAGCCCGCUCACAUCCUCACGGGUAAAGACAUCGCCUCCUUGCUCAUUGAAAAGCUUGCUGAGGAUGAAAAGGAGGCUGCGCCGGCUUCUUCCUCAUCCUCGUCUUCCCCACAUUUUGAGCAUCCCCCGAAUCCCUACCCCAGCCAACAGCAGCAACCACCCCCUGCAUACAACGUAUACACCCCGGGACCCUCUCGAGGGCGCUUUGAAGUUCAGGUGACUCAAAGAGAAGCUUUCCAACGACAAGACCUCUUGCGUAGAUCCUCUGGAGGCCAGUAUAGACAAGCGUUUGACGUCAUGCCAUCGGGCAACCAAGUCCUUAAGUUUUACCGAAGCCAAGACUUUAUUCCAAGUGCACAGGGAGAAAGCACAACCCCUAACCCUUAUCCCCCAAGACAGCAUUAUCAGGAUGCCCCAUACCCCAGCUGGGGCCCUCAGGCCCUCCCAGACGCCCCCCACACGUGCACUCCACCUACAGUGGCCUUCUCAAAUUUAGCCGUUGGGUCAACAAGAGGAUACGGGCCCCACAUGGUGGCCAACCAGUUUAACCAGUUACCAUACCAGUCAGGGCCAGUGCUUCCACAGUAUCCCAACACACCCCGACGAGACAUCGUCCUAGAUCCUUCUCUCCGACCUCCGGGGUUGAUGAACCCGAGAGGUCUGAACCGGCAAGGGAGCCUGCCGGGACCCAACUGGACCAUACGAACUGAAGGCCAGACCCGUAGUUACUGCUAAAGAGCACAACUGCCACACAGCACACCUGUGUCUUUAGACUUUAAUAAUGUGGCGUAGACAGAUAGAAGCACUAGACAUUUAUGUUUCCUGUACAGGUUGUGAAAGAUUUUGUUUAACCUCUUUGAGGGAUGUUCCUGUUUCAGAAAGAUCUCACUGCUGUCCCGUGAUUUGAGUGUGUAUUGGAGUGAUAAAGUGUACGUGAUGAAGGCACGAAGCUGAAAGUAUCAAAGAAGUGAACCGUUAAGUGGCUUAGAUAUGAAAACAUUCCAGAACACACUGUGCUGUCCUGCAGAUGUAGUCAGAGAGGUGCGUCGCUGCUAUUCCUCUGACGGACGGUUGCUCAGUGGUUCAUUUUUGUUUUACUGCUUCGAGUUUUGUUCGUUUAGUUUUAACACAUUUUUUUAUGUUGUACAGGUACACAGGAUUAAUGUGUUUUCCUCUUUAAAGUACGAUAAAAAGAACCUCAAGAGAUGCUGUUGGUUAUAAGAAGCUCAGAAGCUGUUUUUGUUGUAUUUCCCAUUUAUUUGUUUUUUAUUGCUUGUUUAAGUUAUUGUGGAUUUCUGUUGGAACAAGUUCUUGUUAAAUAGUUUUAUUUUGCUUUUUCUAAAUUUGUUUUUAAAAUGUGAAGUUUAGAACUUUUAGUUUUAAUUUCUGUGUGAAUUUGUAAAAGUGCAACAUGCUUAGAGUAUCUAAAGUUAAGCACAUGGAACGAAAUGUUGCCUUGCGUGGAAGGUACUGGUGUUGGUUUUCGGAGGGUGUGAGUGUGAAUAUUUUCAUGUGGUACUGUAUUCUGUUCAUUCUUAAGUAAUGUGUCAGAGGAUUUAUUUCAAAUUGGUGUUCCUAUCCAAAGCAAGUAUUUAUGGUGGGUUUUGUCAACCUGUCACUCUCAAACAACCUCCAAUAAUUGACACGAUCCACUUAACGUAAAUUCGUUCUACAGCAUUUUCCAGACUUCAUAUUUAAACCGGCAGUUCACCGGAAAAAAAAACCGUUAUCAUUUACUCACCCUUAAGGUGUUCCAAAUCUGUGUAAAUUUUAUUUUUCUGAUGAACAUAGAAAAAGAUAUUUGGACGAAUGUUUGUAACCAAGAGUUCUUGGCCACCAUUGACUACUAUAUUAGAAUAAAUCGAAUUGGUAGUCAAAAGUGCCCCAGAACUCUUUGCUUUCCUACAUUGUUUAAAAUCUUCUUUUGUGUUCAACAGAACAAAGAAAUUCAUAAAGUCAUUUUUCCUACAAUGGUACUCAAUUGUGGCCAAUAACUGUUUGGUACAAGCAUUGUUCCAAAUAUCUUUCUCUAUGUUCAUCAGAACAAAGACAUUUAUAGAGAUUUUGAAUCAACUCGAAGUUGAGUAAAUGAUAACAGAAUUUUCAUUUUUGAGUGAACUGUUCCUUUAAACAAAACCGCAUCAAAAUGUGGUAAAUCCUUUAAAAUUGAGUUGAUCUGUGUAAAAGGUUAGUGAUCGGUGCCUUUCAUUAAUAAUUGAUUAUCUUUGGUUUGAAAGCAGAUAUUGAAGGGCUUCAUGUGUUUUAGCCCAGUUGCCCUUAUUUACACUUUUUAUGUUCCCAAGUCCUGUAGAUAUAAUGUCUGGAUAAGAGAGUAUGUUUGUGUGUGUGCGUUUGAUGGAGUGAAAGAGAGUGAGACCGUAUGCAUGUCUGAUCAUUUUUAAUACAUAUCUAUGCAGUGAAUAACCAAGGAAAUAUGUUCCUAAAAACAUGAAAUCUUAAUGCUACCUAUGUAUGUCCCGUGCGCGUGUAUGUUUCGGUGAGAGGUCGUGCAUGUGGCUUUGAAGGUAUAUACAUGAACUGAAUCUCCAAUGAUCCCCCAUCAGCCUUUAGCACUAAAGGCACUUCAUCUUAUUUUGUAAUAUUUUCCAGUAUGUGAAUUAAACCGUCAGUGACGAAACUGUAGUUUGUUGAUUUAUUUUUGGACCAUUUUUUUGUACAGCGGUAAAAUAAGAGGUGUAGGUCCUAUUUUGGGGAUUGUUCACCCAAAAAUAUAAAACCUGUCAUCAUUUAUUCACCUUUAUUUCAUUCAAAACCUGUAUGACUUCCUUUCUUCUGCUGAACAAAAACAAGAUAUUUGAAGAAUGUUGUUGACCAAACAAUAGUGGUACCCAUUCACUUGCGUUGGUUAUGUGUCCAUACAAUAGAAGUGAAUAGGUACUGCCAUUGUCAUACAGGUUUGAAAUGAUUAUUUUCAUUUUUGAGUGAACUAAUACUUUAAUGAUGUUCACAAGUAAAAUGUGUCUUGACUUAUGUAGAGUUUAUGUGACGGUGUUUUAAAAUCUUUUACUUGUGCAAUAUGCUGGUGUGGAUAGCAGAACCUUUUUUGCUCAUUUGGAUAAUGACACACUUUCCCUUUAGUACUUGCAAAUGAAAGAAAAGCUGCUUAAUGUGCACAAAUUAAAUGUAAUUUUAAUGACAAUUUGGCAUAAUCCUGUACUAAUGAACAUGGGAUAAAAUUAUGAUAACCUUCAUUUACAUAAAUAACAUUCUUAAAUAGUUCAAACGUGACCUUGAAGUGGAAGCUUGUGUUAAACGGAUAGUUCACCCGAAAUAUAAAUUCUGUCAUCAUUUACUCUCCCUCUUGUCAUAUUUAAAAAAAUGUUGAUAACAACUGGUACAAAUCCACUAUUAAGGACACAAAACCACUGCAAAUCAAUAAGUACCGCGACUGUUCGGUUACCAACAUUCUUUAAAUUAUCUUGUUUUUUGUUCUGCAGAAGAAAGUAAGUCAUCAGGUUUUGAAUGACAGUGCUGGCCGGAUUGACACACAGUCUCCACCCACUGAGGCGGCAACCUUUCUUUGCUGCAAGUAACAUGAGAGAGGUCUUUCCUGUAUGACAUCCUGCAAAACCAGUCUGAUUCACAGUGACAGGCGACACUCCCAGUUGAGUCUAAAUUCAAGCAGACAUAUGCAUAGACUAACAUGCUUUUUAAUGUUAAUUGCUGUGUGCGGAGAUGCCAGCCUUUUGUCUCCCUUUCACCUUUGGAAAUAAAUCGAUCAAUCUUU